AAUUGGGAGAAGGUUUUUGAUCGAGGGAUUGAUCGAAGGUUUCUAAUGGAGUAAACCAGAGAGAAAUCGGGAGAAGGUUUUAGAUCGAGAGAGUGGUGUUUAGACCCAUAUAUCCAUCGUCCUUUGACUAUUCGGAAUCCGGUAGUAUAUCGUUUUGUUGAGUGAUCCAUCUUUUCGUUUGUAUGUGUUAUGUUGCAGGGGGCGUACAGAUUUAUUCGUGCAAACCUAUGAAGAUCACAUAAAUUAAGGGAACCCUCUUCGUUAACAUGAAUCCAUAUUUGUUGUCGGUUUCUUUUUCGUUUUCAAUAUAAGUAUUGUAUUUAGCCAGGAACUCUUAGGGUGUUAUCCAUUUUAUUUUAAAGGAAAAUCCGAAUCAUGGGUAUAUUCUUUUGGAUUGUAAUGCAAAUUGUUGUGAAUAAAUAUAUUUGUUAGUUGCUAAUUUCUGCAUUUCAUGUUAAUCAACAAUCACUUUCGAUUUGCUUUUCUUUGUGCAGACGUUACCAUGGAAUUUGUUCGUUGAAGUUUGACGAUGCAGAUUAGAUCAUAAAUUCAACAUUGAAUACAACCAGUGUUUGGAGGAAAUCAAAGCCGAAGAUCACGGUUUGAUCAUAAAAUCUGCAGCGUAAGUUAACUAAAUUCAAUAGCUAUCUACCGUCCAUUGACCUAUGUUGGUUUGUAUUCAUUAAGUGUACAUAGGUGAAGACUGUUGGGUGAAAUCCAAAUCAAAUAUUGACAAAAGAAUCAAGGUAUGAUCCCAUCUAAUGAUAAUUACAUUUAAAUAAUGAAUUUGGUGGAGCAAUUAUUGGACCUUUUGACCGUCCCGUUUUAGUAACAGUUGAAAUUUCAAAAUUCAAAUUAAAAAGAAAUCUGAAAAAAUAAAUAAUCAAUAACCGUUGACACCCACUACCUUGCAGUUUUGUGGAUUUCCAGUAGGGAGCAGUUCCAGAUAAUGCAGUUUUCUUGAGAUCGUUACUCUAUAAAUACACUGAUUUGGCGCGUUUAAAAUAAUUUUUUUAAAAGUUCGUGAUGUGGAAGGUUUAACAUGUAAGUAGAAGUCAGUACUACGACAAUUAUUUAACAAUUCUAUUGAUCCAUCGGUUUAUUUAUUGCAUUACGAAAUCUUUUUAUCAUGCAUCUUUUGUGCCCUCUUCUAUUUGCUUUCUUUGAUUUAAGCUAAUCCAGUUCAAGGUCAGCAAAAAAAUAUGAAAAACGGAAAUACCAAAUAUUGGUUUAGUAAAUGGAAUUUUUUGGGUGAUCAAGUUCUUGGAUGAAAGGUACAUUGCAGGAGAAAAAUACUAUCAUUCACCAACUCUGAUCUAAUGAUCAAUGACGCAAAAAAGAAGUUCACCAGUUUUUCAUGGAGACACACGAAUCAUGAAAAUCAAGGAAAUGAUGGAGUUCACGUGUUCCAUAAUGGUUAUAAUUUGGCGACCCGACCAAAUAGGAGGGUAUCGGGACAACAACGGAGGCGUGCGAGAGAACGUGCAGAAGACGAAACAAUAACCCAAGUCAAUGCAGAUGUACGGGAUCAUCGCACAGGACAACCACAACAUGCAGAAAAUUGUCUUGAAAGAAGGCCAACAACAUUGAAUGAGUCACUAGUCCAGAGGCGUCGACGUAAUACAGAAAGUGAACAUCACGCAGAAGAUCAUCGUAGCAGAGAGAUCCAACAUCAAUCAGUUGCAUAUUGCGAACGACAUGAAAAUUUGCAUAGUGACACAGCAACGGAACAUCACCAGCGGUGUGUUGCUGCGGGAGCACCAACGACGCAAAAUAUAUAUCUAACAUCGCCAACAACAUCUCGAAGAUCAGCAGCCCAGAGGCGGCGUCAUGAGAAAGAAAAACAACUAAAAAAGAGAUGAGAGAACAAGAACGUCGUGAGAGAGAAGCACAAAAUGAAACGGAAGCAGAUGCAGAACGACGACGAAUACUGAAGGGAAAUGGAAAAGAUGUUUGCGAAGAGAAUCCUCAACUGAAACGAAUGCGAUCAAGUGAAAUACAAAUUAGAGAAAGGGAGGCUAUGCGCUCAAGUGGUAUACAAAUUAGAGAAAGGGAAGAUACACCAUAUGCACAUGAAGAUGCAGAGUCUGGCGAAGAGACGGCUAUAUUACAUUGGAUAGUUGGUGUCACAUCAACCGAUCAAAACAUUGAAAUGCCGUCUGUUGGAGAAGAUGAUGUUGUGUCAGAUGAUUACGAAAAUGAUGAAGUAGAUUACGACAGUGAUGAAUUAUGUGAUACAACUACAACUGAGAACCGGGGAGCUGCUCUUACUACUGAUGUGCGCCAUUUUUUGGGACAAAUGGAAGUCAUAUGUCAUCACUGCGGGGUGUUGCACUAGAUGGCAGAAAAACUCACAAAUUCGUCUUUAAUAAACCCGAAAUUUGGAUCAUGUUGUCUCCAAGGAAAAGUUCACCUACCGUUACUGCGUGAACCACCUAUAGCAUUCAGAUAAUUGUUUGAUGGAACCAACGCCGAAUCAGUAUCGUUUCGGACAUAUAUUCGAGAGUAUAAUGCGGCAAAUGCAUUUACUAGCCUUGGAUGCAAACUAGAUACAAGAGCUUUGAAAGGGAGAGGUCCGAGACCUUUAUAAAUACAUGGGGAGUCGAGACAUUUAGACGGCGGUGUUUUACCAGCUCCUGGAACUGAGAGGAGGGCGGUUUACUCCCAACUGUACAUCUAUGAUCCAGCUUUUGCAUUGUUUGUCCGGGGAAAACGAAAUCCUGAGUUAAAUAUGAAUGUCCUACAGACAAUUCAGAAUACUAUGCUCCAAUUCAAUGUUUUUUAUAACAAGUAUCGUCAGGCUUAUGCAAUUUUGGACCAGAUGAGCCCGAUCGACCAGAAUAUCAGAGUUUCCCUUCAAUAUAACAAGACAACCGAUAUUAGGCGUUAUAAUCUUCCGACAGCAGAUGAGAUUGCGGUUAUCAUUCCAGAAAUAACUUAUAAGGAGACUGGGGUGCGAGAUAUUAUAUUUCAUUUGAGAGAAAACAACGGGUUGAAACAAAUUUCGGAGUGUCAUCCGGCGUACUUGCCUUUACAUUAUGUUUUACUAUUUCCUUUUGGUGAGCUGGGAUGGUCACCGACAAUGAGGCAAUGGGAUGCAGUCACCCAAACAUAUACGAAAACCAAAUUAUCUCAAAUGGAGUAUUACAGUUACCGCAUAUUUGAACGCACCAAAGAAUAUUCCACCAUCAUAAGAGCCAGAAACUAUUUCAAGAGUUCUUAGUUGAUGCAUGGGCAGCGACAGAGCAGAGUAAGUUGGCAUGGCUCAGAUUCAACCAACCAACUUUGCGUUCUGACCAAUACAGUUGCAUUGCUGAUAUGACAAAUGCUGAUUUGAAUCCAGGUGAUAGAGGUAAUCCUAUUAUUUUACCAUCUUCACACACUGGGAGCGGAAGGCAAUUAGAGUGUCACCGAUCGUCCUGAUUUGGUGGCUCGAGUUUUUGAGCUGAAAAGAAAAGCAUUGAUGAAAGAAAUAAAGGAAAAAAAGGUGUUCGGCACGGUUGUCGCCCAUGUUUAUACAAUCGAGUUUCAGAAACGAGGGCUACCACAUAUGCAUGCUCUUAUAUUUUUAAAAGAUUCGGAAAAAAUUCGUACGACAGACAUGGUUGAUAGAUUUGUUUCUGCUGAAUUUCCUGAUGAGAAAAAUGACCCAAUACUGUUUGACACCGUAAGCAAAUGUAUGGUUCAUGGUCCAUGUAGAGAACGAGAUCCAGGUGCAGCAUGUAUGUCAAAAGGAAAAUGUACGAAAGGAUAUCCAAAGAAGUACACUGACACAACAACUUUGGACGAGGGUGGGUAUCCCAGUUAUCGUCGUCGUCGGGAUGGAAUAGAAGUAAUUGUCAGAAACAACAAAAAGGCGUAUAAUAUAGAUGUUGUACCCUAUAACCCGCAUCUCUCAAGAAUGUUCAAUUGCCACAUCAAUGUUGAAAUAUGUGCAGGCAUUAGAGCUGUAAAAUAUAUUAACAAAUACAUUCAUAAAAAGGGUGACCGAGCUACGAUGGUUUUGAGAGAACAUGACGAGAUUCAACAAUAUAUUGAUGCAAGGUACAUUGGACCACCUGAGGCUGUGUGGCGUUUACUUGAGUACCACUUGCAUGAAGAAUAUCCUGUUGUACAUCGGUUGGCAGUUCAUUUACAGAAUCAGCAACGGGUUGUUUACAACGCAAGGCAAUCAAUGACCUCGGUUAUACGAACAACACAAGAACAUAAGACGACUUUGAUGGGUUAUUUUGAAUAUUAUGCUAAAAAUCCUACUGCUCCGGCCUAUACUUAUCAAGAGUUCCCGCAACACUUUGUAUGGAGUAAAAAGGCUAACGAGUGGAAAAUUAGACAACAAGGAUUUGCAAUUGGAAGAAUGUAUUUUGUUAGCCCUAAUGCUGGAGAGUUGUACUACUUACGUAUGUUACUCACAACUAUUAGAGGUGCUAAUGCUUUUGAAGACUUGAAGACUGUAAGUAAUGGAGACGUAGACGAGGUGCACAAUACGUUUCAAGAUGCAUGUAUUGCACUUGGGAUUUUAGCACAUGAUGGAGAAUCAGAAAAAUGUCUUCAAGAAGCAGUGGUUAUGCAAACUGGAAAUCAGCUGAGGAAACUAUUUUGUAUUAUCCUAUCGCAAUGUAAUCCAUCAAGACCGGAGGUGUUGUGGGCGAAAUUUGGAAUGAAUAUAUGCGAUGAUCUACCACAUAGAUUGCGAACAAGGUUUAACAUCCAGAAUCCAACAGAUGAACUGGCAAUGGAUUACAGAUUAUACUUGUUGGAUCAACUACUUCAACGAUCUGGAAAAAAACUAGAAAAAUAUGAAUCAAUGCCGAGACCAAGACAUGAUUGGGGUCAAAUAGUAGGUAACAGAUACAUUUGGGACCAUAGACAACUUCAGUUUGCAUUAAGUGAUUCGGUGAUUCAGUCAGAUAUUGAGAAAUUGAAUGUCGCACAACGUUUGGCGUACAAUGCGAUAGUGGAAUCUGUGAAUGAUCGCAAUGGACGAAUGUUUUUACUGAAUUGCAGUGCAGGGACUGGAAAAACUUUUUUGUAUAACACAAUAGCAAGAAGAUGUCGUAAAGAUGGAAAAAUAGUCUUAAUUGUUGCUUCAUCUGGUAUGGCUUCACUACUUCUUGAUGGAGGUCGAACGACACAUUCCACUUUUAAGAUUCCAUUUGAAGUCCAAGACGAUAACAGUAUUAGUAUUAGUAAAGACUCGUAUUAUGCCCAGCUGCUUAAAGAAGUAAGAUUGAUCAUAUGGGAUGAAGUUUCAAUGCAACAUAGAUUUUGUGUGGAAGCAGUUGAUCGCCUACUACGAGAUAUUCGCAGUGAUGACAGACACUUUGAAGGUGUAACAGUCGUCUUGGGUGGAGACUUUAGACAUACUUUACCAGUGGUCUCGAAUGCAAGUCGAGAACAAACUGUUGGAGCAUCUAUAAGAGGUUCAUUGCUUUGGGAUUACAUUACUGUAUUGACGCUAAACCAAAAUAUGCGAUUGGAGCAGGAACCGGAAAAUUUGGAGUUUGCUGACUACUUGCUUGAGAUUGGAACGAACCCUAAAGAGGUUGUUAAUCUGCCAUCGAUAGUGGGUAGAUGUCAAAACAUGCAUGAGCUAAUAUCUUCGGUGUAUCCUCUAUUGGUAAUGGACGAAUCAAUGUCACCCGAAUACUUAUCCGAGAGGAUCAUUUUAUCUCCACGUAAUGAAGACGUCCAUAAGAUUAAUAUGGAUGCAUUAGAAAGAGUACAUGGGGAGACUUACACGUAUUUUGCUGCUGACAAAAUGAUUCGGGAUGAUCAUGGAAGGGAUUCGGAUUUUACAACUGAAUUUCUCAACAAUUUAAGUCCACCAGGAACACCUCCAUUUAAGCUAGACCUCAAAGUUGGAUGUCCCAUUAUGUUGCUGAGAAAUCUGGCACCGAAAGAAGGCCUUUGUAAUGGUACAAGACUGGUGGUGACGAGGUGCGGACGACACGUGAUUGAAGCUAAAAUCAUAACUGGAGAAAAAGCUGGUGAAGUAUUAUUCAUCCCUAGAAUAACUUUUCAACCUUCAGCUUCAGAGCUAAACAUACAAAUGGAAAGACGCCAAUUUCCCAUACGCGUUACAUAUGCGAUGACUAUUAACAAAUCCCAGGGACAAUCGGUGAAGUAUGUGUGAAUUGAUUUACGCACUCCAAUAUUUAGUCAUGGUCAGUUAUAUGUCGCAUUGUCCAGGUGUACUGCUGCAAGGAGAAUUACUUUAUUAUUUCCAAAUGAA